AUGGCCUUCUUCCCUCGCGCUUUCUGCCAGCCCUCUGAGGCCUCUCUCACUCCUCUCUUCCGCCUCCUCGAUGACUUCGACAGCUACAACAAACAGACCGGCAGAAGCAGCAAUGUGCGCCGAACUGCUCCCCAGUGGCAGCCCAAGUUUGACAUCCGCGAGACCACACAUGCCUACGAGCUCUAUGGCGAACUCCCCGGCAUAAGCAAGGAGAAUGUCUACAUCGAGUUCGCUGACCCUCAGACACUGGUUGUCCGCGGCAAGACUGAGCGAUCAUACGCUGCUGGCACAUCGCCAUCAGCCUCUGUUGUGAACACUCCAUCCACUGAGACUGCUACUGAGAAGCAAGAACCUGUGCGCCGAAACUCCAACAGCUCUCACCAGGCUACCGUCGAGGAUGAGGAUGAGGCUAGCGAGCGCGAAUCGGGCUUUGAAGUAGUCACCACUGAGGAGGAGAAGAAGGUUGAAGAGAAGAAGACGAUUCCACAGAAGCCUGUCGACAAGGCCAGAUACUGGCUCACUGAGCGCAGCAUUGGAGAGUUUUCUCGCAGCUUCCACUUCCCUACUUUUGUCGAUCACGAGGCUGUGAGUGCUGGAUUCCAGGACGGCAUUCUGAACAUUAGUGUUCCCAAGGCGAAGAAGCUUGAGACUCGCCGCAUCACUGUUUUCUAA